AUGCCCCAUUCUCCCGCUUUCCAUCACCCCGCCCGAUUCUCCCGCUUUGCAUCACCCUGCCCCAUUCUCCCGCUCUCCAUCAUCCCGCUUGAUUCUCCCGCUUUCCAAUACCCCGCCCCAUUCUCCCGCUUUCCAUCACCCCGCCCCAUUCUUCCGCUUUCCAUCACCCUGCUUUCCAUCAACCGCCCCAUUCUCCCGCUUUCCAUCACCCCGCCCCAUUCUCCCGCUUUCCAUCACCCCGCCCCAUUCUCCCGCUUUCCAUCACCCCGCCCCAUUCUCCCGCUUUCCAUCACCCCGCCCCAUUCUCCCUCUUUCCAUCACCCCGCCCGUUCUCCCGCUUUCCAUCACCCCGCCCCAUUCUCCCGCUUUCCAUCACCCCGCCCGAUUCUCCCGCUUUCCAUCACCCCGCCCCGUUCUCCCGCUUUCCAUCACCCCGCCCCAUUCUCUCGCUUUCCAUCACCCCGCCCCAUUCUCCCGCUUUCCAUCACCCCGCCCCAUUCUCCCGCUUUCCAUCACCCCGCCCCAUUCUCCCGCUUUCCAUCACCCCGCCCCAUUCUCCCUCCCUCCAUCACCCCGCCCCAUUCUCCCACUUUCCAUCGCCCCGCCCUAUUCUCCCGCUUUCCAUCACCCCGCCCUAUUCUCCCGCUUUCCAUCACCCCACCCCGUUCUCCCGCUUUCCAUCACCCCACCCCAUUCUCCCGCUUUCCAUCAACCCGCUCCAUUCUCCGGCUUUCCAUCACCCCGCCCGAUUCUCCCGCUUUCCAUCACCCUGCCCCAUUCUCCCUCUUUCCGUCACCCCGCCCCAUUCUCCCUCUUUCCAUAACCCCGCCCCAUUCUCUCGCUUUCCAUCACCUCGCCCCAUUCUCCCGCUUUCCAUCACCCCGCCCCAUUCUCCUGCUUUCCAUCACCCCGGCCCAUUCUCCCGCUCUCCAUCACCCCGCCCCAUUCUCCCUCCCUCCAUCACCCCGCCCCAUUCUCCCGCUUUCCAUCGCCCUGCCCCUUUCUCCCGCUUUCCAUCACCCCGCCCUAUUCUCCCGCUUUCAAUCACCCGGCCCCAUUCUCCCGCUUUCCAUCACCCCACCCCAUUCUCCCGCUUUCCAUCACCCCGCCCGAUUCUCCCGCUUUCCAUCACCCCGCCCCAUUCUCCCUCUUUCCAUCACCCCGCCCCAUUCUCCCGCUUUCCAUCACCCCGCCCCAUUCUCCCGCUUUCCAUCACCCGCCCCAUUCUCCCGCUUUCCAUCACCUGCCCCAUUCUCCGUCCUUCCAUCACCCCACCCCAUUCUCCCUCUUUCCAUCACCCUGCCCCAUUCUCCCUCUUUCCAUCACCCCGCCCAAUUCUCCCGCUUUCCAUCACCCCGCCCCAUUCUUCCGCUUUCCAUCACCCGCCCCAUUCUCCCACUUUCCAUCACCCGCCCCAUUCUCCCGCUUUCCAUCACUCCACCCUAUUCUCCCUCUUUCCAUGACCCCGCCCCAUUCUCCCUCUUUCCAUCACCCCGCCCAAUUCUCCCACUUUCCAUCACCCCGCCCCAUUCUCCCGCUUUCCAUCACCCCGCCCCAUUCUCCCUCUUUCCGUCACCCCGCCCCAUUCUCCCUCUUUCCAUAACCCCGCCCCAUUCUCUCGCUUUCCAUCACCUCGCCCCAUUCUCCCACUUUCCAUCACCCCGCCCCAUUCUCCCGCUUUCCAUCACCCCGCCCCAUUCUCCCUCCCUCCAUUACCCCGCCCCAUUCUCCCGCUUUCCAUCGCCUCGCCCCAUUCUCCCGCUUUCCAUCACCCAGCCCUAUUCUCCCGCUUUCAAUCACCCCGCCCCAUUCUCCCGCUUUCCAUCACCCCACCCCAUUCUCCCGCUUUCCAUCACGCCGCCCCGUUCUCCCGCUUUCCAUCACCCCGCCCGAUUCUCCCGCUUUCCAUCACCCCGCCCCAUUCUCCCUCUUUCCAUCACCCAGCCCCAUUCUCCCGCUUUCCAUCACCCCGCCCCAUUCUCCCGCUUUUUAUCACCCACCCCAUUCUCCCGCUUUCCAUCACCUGCCCCAUUCUCCCUCCUUCCAUCAUCCCAGCCCAUUCUCCCUCUUUCCAUCACCCUGCCCUAUUCUCCCUCUUUCCAUCACCCCACCCAAUUCUCCCGCUUUCCAUCACCCCGCCCCAUUCUCCCGCUUUCCGUCACCCGCCCCAUUCUCCCGCUUUCCAUCAUCCGCCCCAUUCUCCCGCUUUCCAUCACCCCACCCUAUUCUCCCUCUUUCCAUGACCCCGCCCCAUUCUCCCUUUUUCCAUCACCCCGCCCAAUUCUCCCGCUUUCCAUCACCCCGCCCCAUUCUCCCGCUUUCCAUCACCCGCCCCAUUCUCCCUGUUUUCCCCCAUUCUCCCUCCUUCCAUCACCCCGCCCCAUUCUCCUGCUUUCGAUCACCCGCCCCAUUCUCCCGCUUUCCAUCACCUACCCCAUUCUCCCUCUUUCCAUCACCCCGCCCAAUUCUCCCGCUUUCCAUCACCCCGCCCCAUUCUCCCGCUUUCCAUCACCCGCCCCAUUCUCCCGCUUUCAAUCACCCGCCCCAUUCUCCCGCUUUCCAUCACCCCACCCUAUUCUCCCUCUUUCCAUGACCCCGCCCCAUUCUCCCUCUUUCCAUCACACCGCCCAAUUCUCCCGCUUUCCAUCACCCCGCCCCAUUCUCCCGCUUUCCAUCACCCGCCCCAUUCUCCCUCUUUUCGUCACCCGCCCCAUUCUCCCGCUUUCCAUCACCCCACCCUAUUCUCCCUCUUUCCAUGACCCCGCCCCAUUCGCCCUCUUUCCAUCACCCCGCCCCAUUCUCCCGCAUUCCAUCACCCCGCCCCAUUCUCCCGCUUUCCAUCACCCCGCCCCAUUCUCCCUCUUUCCGUCACCCCACCCCAUUCUCCCUCUUUCCAUAACCCCACCCGAUUCUCCCGCUUUCCAUUACCCCGCCCCAUUCUCCCUCUUUCCAUCACCCCGCCCCAUUCUCCCGCUUUCCAUCACCCCGCCCCAUUCUCCCUCCCUCCAUCACCCCGCCCCAUUCUCCCACUUUCCAUCACCCCGCCCCAUUCUCCCUCCCUCCAUCACCCCGCCCCCUUCUCCCACUUUCCAUCGCCCCGCCCCAUUCUCCCGCUUUCCAUCACCCCGCCCUAUUCUCCCGCUAUCCAUCACCCCGCCCCAUUCUCCCUCUUUCCAUCACCCCACCCCAUUCUCCCGCUUUCCAUCACCCCGCCCCAUUCUCCCGCUUUCCAUCACCCCGCCCGAUUCUCCCGCUUUCCAUCACCACACCCCAUUCUCCCUCUUUCCAUCACCCCGCCCGAUUCUCUCGCUUUCCAUCACCACACCCCAUUCUCCCUCUUUCCAUCACCCCGCCCCAUUCUCCCUCUUUCCAUCACCCCGCCCCAUUCUCUCGCUUUCCAUCACCCCGCCCCAUUCUCCCGCUUUCCAUCACCCCGCCCGAUUCUCCCUCCCUCCAUCACCCCGCCCCGUUCUCCCACUUUCCAUCGCCCCGCCCCAUUCUCCCGCUUUCCAUCACCCCGCCCUAUUCUCCCGCUUUCCAUCACCCCACCCCAUUCUCCCGCUUUCCAUCACCCCACCCCAUUCUCCCGCUUUCCAUCACCCCGCUCCAUUCUCCGGCUUUCCAUCACCCCGCCCGAUUCUCCCGCUUUCCAUCACCCUGCCCCAUUCUCCCUCUUUCCCCCGAUUCUCCCGCUUUCCAUCACCCCGCCCCAUUCUCCCUCUUUCCAUCACCCCGCCCCAUUCUCCCGCUUUCCAUCACCCCGCCCCAUUCUCCCGCUUUCCAUCACCCGCCCCAUUCUCCCGCUUUCCAUCACCUGCCCCAUUCUCCGUCCUUCCAUCACCCCACCCCAUUCUCCCUCUUUCCAUCACCCUGCCCCAUUCUCCCUCUUUCCAUCACCCCGCCCAAUUCUCCCGCUUUCCAUCACCCCGCCCCAUUCUUCCGCUUUCCAUCACCCGCCCCAUUCUCCCACUUUCCAUCACCCGCCCCAUUCUCCCGCUUUCCAUCACUCCACCCUAUUCUCCCUCUUUCCAUGACCCCGCCCCAUUCUCCCUCUUUCCAUCACCCCGCCCAAUUCUCCCACUUUCCAUCACCCCGCCCCAUUCUCCCGCUUUCCAUCACCCCGCCCCAUUCUCCCUCUUUCCGUCACCCCGCCCCAUUCUCCCUCUUUCCAUAACCCCGCCCCAUUCUCUCGCUUUCCAUCACCUCGCCCCAUUCUCCCACUUUCCAUCACCCCGCCCCAUUCUCCUGCUUUCCAUCACCCCGCCCCAUUCUCCCUCCCUCCAUCACCCCGCCCCAUUCUCCCGCUUUCCAUCGCCUCGCCCCAUUCUCCCGCUUUCCAUCACCCCGCCCUAUUUUCCCGCUUUCAAUCACCCCGCCCCAUUCUCCCGCUUUCCAUCACCCCACCCCAUUCUCCCGCUUUCCAUCACGCCGCCCCAUUCUCCCGCUUUCCAUCACCCCGCCCGAUUCUCCCGCUUUCCAUCACCCCGCCCCAUUCUCCCUCUUUCCAUCACCCAGCCCCAUUCUCCCGCUUUCCAUCACCCCGCCCCAUUCUUCCGCUUUUUAUCACCCACCCCAUUCUCCCGCUUUCCAUCACCUGCCCCAUUCUCCCUCCUUCCAUCAUCCCAGCCCAUUCUCCCUCUUUCCAUCACCCUGCCCUAUUCUCCCUCUUUCCAUCACCCCGCCCAAUUCUCCCGCUUUCCAUCACCCCGCCCCAUUCUCCCGCUUUCCAUCACCCGCCCCAUUCUCCCGCUUUCCAUCAUCCGCCCCAUUCUCCCGCUUUCCAUCACCCCACCCUAUUCUCCCUCUUUCCAUGACCCCGCCCCAUUCUCCCUCUUUCCAUCACCCCGCCCAAUUCUCCCGCUUUCCAUCACCCCGCCCCAUUCUCCCGCUUUCCAUCACCCGCCCCAUUCUCCCUGUUUUCGUCACCCGCCCCAUUCUCCCGCUUUCCAUCACCCUGCCCUAUUCUUCCUCUUUCCAUCACCCCGCCCAAUUCUCCCGCUUUCCAUCACCCCGCUCCAUUCUCCCGCUUUCCAUCACCCGCCCCAUUUUCCCGCUUUCCAUCACCCACCCCAUUCUCCCGCUUUCCAUCACCCCACCCUAUUCUCCCUCUUUCCAUAA